UUCGAUCGCUAGCUGAAGGCAUGCAUGUUUUCAUGGCAAUGGAGUUCCUACGCUCUCUUGCUUGUAGCUUGGUUCCUUCCUCGCAAGCUACUAUCAUCCUUCUCGCCUUCAUGGCCACCUUAACACACCAAUCCUCUCCUGUUCGCAUCCCAGGAUCCAAUUCAACCUUCGCCGGAGACGGUAUUGCUCUCCUCUCCUUCAAGUCCCUGCUAUCAGAUCCGGGCGACGCCUUGUCCUCGUGGAGCAACAGGACUCUCCAUUUCUGUAAUUGGUAUGGCGUGACCUGCGGCAGCCACCGGCAUCCAGAAAGAGUGACGGCCUUGGAGCUAGACUCACUGAACCUGAGAGGUUCCAUAUCCCCCUCUGUAGCCAAUCUUACCUUCCUCAAGAGACUCCACCUUGCCGGAAAUUACCUAAAUGGAUUCAUCCCACCUGAGAUUGGCCACCUGUCUCGCCUUCAGGAUCUUGACCUGAGCCACAAUGCUCUUCAAGGACAGAUUCCGGCCUCUCUGUCUCAGUGCUCAGACCUCCGCAACAUUUCUCUUGAAGCUAAUUACAACCUUAUCGGAGAGAUUCCUGAUGCGCUCUUCUCUCUUCCAAAACUCUCAUGGCUAAAUCUUGGCACUAACAAUUUUUCUGGUUGCAUUCCAGCUGGGAUAGGGAGGAGCCCGUCGCUCACUGCUGUUAUGCUAUCGAACAACAGUCUUACAGGAACCAUGCCACCUUCUCUAGGGAACCUUUCCACCCUCACUUAUCUUCUUCUCAGUCAAAACAGUCUCACAGGACCCAUACCUGCUUCUCUCGGUAAUUGCUCGAAACUGAUCUCUCUUUAUCUAAGAAUGAACAGAUUGGAGGGGGAAAUUCCAGAGAGUCUUAGCUACAUCACAAGCUUGAAGUAUUUUGACCUAUCAUACAACAAAUUAUCAGGCAUGGUUCCCUCUCCUCUGUACAAUCUCUCGUCCUUGGUGUACUUGAGUUUGGCAUCAAAUCAUUUCAUCGGAAUGCUUCCACCGAACAUAGGCCAUACUCUUCCUAGACUCCGAUAUCUUUGCGUGAUGGACAACCAGCUGGAAGGACCUAUUCCACCCUCGCUAUCCAAUGCUUCCAACCUCCAACUACUUGAUCUUUCUCUUAACAAAUUUAGUGGACUAGUGCCUUCAAAUCUAGGACGGCUUCAGAAUCUAUCUCAGCUAACGCUCGGGUACAACCGGCUCGAGGCAAGGAAUGCCAGUGAUUGGAGUUUUCUUACUUCCCUAACAAACUGUACAAACCUAAAAUGGUUGGAUCUAUCCAGCAAUCCUCUUGCAGGCAAUUUCCCCAGAUCUAUUGCAAACCUCUCCAGGCAACUCGAACGGCUAUUGUUGGCCGACCUUCAAAUGUCAGGGCAGAUUCCUCGAGAGAUUGAGAACCUCAAGGGGUUGCAGAAACUCGAUCUGAGUUAUAACCUUCUCAGCGGCAACAUUCCUGGUACAAUAGGGGAGCUUCAUAACUUGGUUCAAUUAACUUUCUCUGGGAACAAAUUUUCGGGGCCAAUACCGGCCUCGCUUGGCAACCUCACUCAGCUUGAAGAACUCCGCUUGGGACGCAAUAAUCUGCAAGGAAACAUUCCAAAAUACUUCAUAAAUUACAUGUAUCUAAACAUGCUGGACCUUUCCUACAACCAGCUCAGUGGCACCAUACCGAGUGAGGUUCUUAGCAUUUCUUCUCUUACAAAGGUCCUUGAUCUGUCCCAUAAUUCUCUGGCUGGGUCCAUACCAUCGGAUGUCCGCAAGUUGAAUCUUCUCAUUUGGCUUGAUAUUUCUGAAAACAAACUCUCUGGUAGAAUUCCUAGUGCUCUUGGUGAUUGUGUGACCUUGAAUUACCUUUUCAUGGAAGGCAACUUCUUUGAGGGGGACAUUCCUUUGCAGUUGAGCAAUCUGAAAAGUAUCCAAUGG